GAAGCAAGAACCCAAGCAACCCAGCUGCUCAAGAAGCCGUUUGUCUGUGAGUUUUCUUUUCUUUUUAUGUUUUUAGAUUUUAGUUUAAUAUCAAGAAACAUUUUGAAUAUAUCAAUACAUAUAUUUGUUUGUGUUGGAAUUGUUUCUAAUGGAGAGGAUAUAGUGAGAAAAAUUAGAGAGGUUGUAAGCAUUAGAAUACAAGAAAGACCAAAGAGCUUUUAUGUGUUAAGAGAAAAACUCUUGAGAGCACCAAUGUUGUUAUAUACAUAUGCAGGAGACUACUGCAGAGGACUUAAACUUACAAAUAGAUAUUUAUGAUGAAAUUGGGAUUGGAGGAGGUGCUUUUGGAAUUUCUGGAGGACUACUUCAUCCUUAUUCCCCUAAAGCUAAGCUUCUAUGGAGGGGUGCUGAGUGUUGGAAUGAGUGUUUAAAGCUUUUGGGCAUUGCUGAAGCAGCAGAAGCAUCAAUGGAUUCUGACCAGUUAAGCUCUGGAAUUUCAGAUUUUGAUACUCACUUUCAAGGCCUCAUAGUUCAAAAAAGUGUGAAGUAUAUGGUUGUUGUUGAUGAAUGGAAUGCACUAGUACAUAAUGGAAAACUAGGCGAAUAA